AUGUCUUUGCACCGAACGGAAGCCCUUGUACCGUAUCGGGCGUGUCUGCUACCUGUGCAUCAGGGCAGUGUACGAGCAGGGACUUGCAAUGUCAAAACCAAGCGUCUUCGUUGGGAACCACAUCCGUCUGUCCAGGGCGUGGCUCCGAGUGCCAAAUGUUCUGUCAAACACGACAAGGAUUAUGUCUUCAACUCAAUAGUUACUUCAUUGAUGGAACACCUUGUGGUUUUUCCGGAGGAGGCGUCUGCAAACAAGGCAACUGUGAAGCUGGAAAUUUUGUGCAACGUGCAGUUGACUGGAUCAGUGCCCAUCCGCAGAUCGCCAUACCUCUCCUUGUAUUUGGAGAUAAAAUCACCCAUCACCCGAUCGUCCCGAUCCCGAUCGUCAGGUCGCUCGAGACAGCCGCCACAACUGCAACAACAGAUGCCUGCGGGGGGGACCACAUGGGUGGAUCCCACUCCGUACAAUGGACCCCAAUUACCUACCGUUCCUUCACCUGCUCAGACCCGACAGGGAUCGUAUUAA